UGUUCCCGGGCAGAGUGUUCCUCCUGUCAAAUAAUCUUUGGACCUUCAUGUGUGUGUGGGUGCCUCCGAUGUCGCGUUAUCCCAGUACAUAAAAUCGGACUAUUUAGGACGAUUAUUCGCGCUUUUUAGGAAAACUUUGCUCAACUCUGCCUGCAACGUGGUUUCGGGUCAAACUUUCGGAUUUUAGCUGCUUAGUGAGUGCGAUCGACUCAGGAAUAACAUUUUGGAAUCGUGUUUGUAUGCAGAAAAAAGUUCAAUGCGAAAGGCUUAACACACGCAUAUAUUAACUGCAAAAUUGCAACGCAAUGUAAUCCGCAGCCCAGUUUAACAAUAUGGAUGUUCCAUGGUUCGACCUGUUUCGGCUCGUUUUCAUCUUGUCGACCCUACACUUCACGGCUACAUUCAAACAAGGAACCUGUUAUUUUCCUGAACGAUGGGAAGGUGCCUGGUUCCAAUCUGGAGUUCGGGCGCCUGUUUUAAUCGAAGGCCCAAGACUUAGUACCAAAGGCCGCUGUUUGGGUUCCGAUGGAGACAAGUUUCUGAUGGUAGACGAGAAGAGGGCAUGCUACCGCUGUGUGGUCAUUCACGAAAAGCACAAAAACGUACUUCAAUACAAGGAAACAUUUUGCCAUGGAAGAGACGCCCUGCCUACACUCUGCAGCUUGAUAACAGGUGACGCGCUGCUCUACUCCUUGUUUAGGGAGAACGCGAGCCCCGUCUCCUGCCCCUUUCGAGGCCCAUUCACUUUCACCUACAAUAGGGGGCAUGGUGAAUGUCGCUCCCCCGUAUCCAACAUUGAUACCUGCACCGAAGACAGCAAACUAUUGCUGAGCUAUCAGGCAUGCCCGGAUAUUUAUGGAUCCGAAAGUACCGUUGAAGAACUUCAAUGUUUGGCUUCAUGGAAAGAGGGCAGCGUGCGAUACUUGGUAGGCCAAAUCCACCAUCAUCAUGUCACCUCAAAUGAGGACCGAUUCAGGUGUUUCGUCUACGAGAAGACCACGCCAUCCUCAGAGAAUGCCGAAGGCAUUGACUACCGGGUGGCCCAAAGCGGAGACGCCACUUGCAAUGGGCUGUUCAGUGCAACGGAGGGAAGCCGAACAAUGACUCUGCGACGAGGUAACUCUAGUUCUGCCCAGCCGAUAAAUAAAUGCCGCUUUCCUAGUUGGAUAGCGAACUUCAACCAUUGGCAUACUCUGGACUUUUCCCAGAGUUUCAGCUUCCAUCAUCGCAACUCUACGCUGCGUAUCGGCAAUUCCAGCGGCAUUGAGAUGAAGGUGCUUUGCGUUCAGGUGAAGCACAGCCGAGAAGAAGAACAUGUUGUUCUAGUCACGCAUUUUACUAUGGGCUGCCAAAGCGGCUUCAAUUGCAUGUCGUUCUAUCGACGAGAUGGGCAUGUGGCCGAAAUCCAGAUCGGCAGCCAAACCAAUCGGUUGGAAGACGCCUGUAGCACGCCUUUCUUCAACAAAUCCAGCUUACCUUACAUCACUUUAGUUACCAGUUCAUCAGAUCGAGCCACACAACCAUGUCCAUACAUGGGCAAGUUCGACGUUACCAACGUGGUUCGCUCAGAUGAGGCGAAUUUUCCGAAAGAGGCGCGUUUGGAAUCGGACAGCGCCUAUUUCGAUCGGAGAAUGCGAUCGCGAAGAUACACAAAACCGCGCGUGGAAGACUGGGACUUUAGAAGAGUGAAGCGACUGGAUCAGAGCAGUAACUGUGAUAGCAAGUCAUUUUCGAGUUUAGUGAUAGGGUGUAAUAAAAUGGACACUAUGGAGUUUAACACGGAAUGUACCACUCCAGAUUUAAUAACAGCAUACUCAUGCCAUGGUAGAUGGGAAGAAAACGGAACGUCUUUCCUCAUAACCACCCCAAUAAGCCGGGCUCAUGGGGCAAGAAAGUUUUGCUUUAUGUAUAAAGAACUUGGUCCGAAUGUGGUCGCGUUCUCAACAUCCAGCUAUUGCAACCGUCUGAUUCAGCCGGGAAUAACUGGAGAUUUGAUCUUCAAUUUAACAAACAGAGGCAAAUGCAUGGAGACAAACAGCUCAAUACGAGCCAGACCUAUUUCAAUUAGAUGGCUCAUUAUUUUCGCUCUUCUCGUAUUAAUUAUCCGAAGGUCCACAUAUGCCCCGUGGAUUUUCAGAUGAUUAAUUUGAGGAUUAUUAGACCUAACAAAUUAAAAUAAUGAAUGAGACUGUAUGAUAUCGGUUGUGUGUAAAAUAAGGCUUAGGAUUACUGGAUUCUAGCCAAACGUAUUGUGUUUUCCACCUUGUUUUUAGUCUAGGAAUAAUCACUUUGCCCAAUUUACUGAGACAUUCUUUUAUAACUUCAAAUGUUUAUGACGCAUUGAUCGAAAAACCUUAACCGGUACAGUUAUGCACCAAAUAAGCUCAAUAUUGGUAAGGAUCCAAUAACUAGGGAGUGUGUGAACAUACGGAUAAAUAAAUUGAGUAUUUAAGUUCAGACGCCCCCCAGUAUUAGUAAAAUAUCGGCGACAAUAUAGAUUGUGUCAAACCCAAUAGACACGAUCUACCAGAAAAUGAACUAAGUAGAAAAUUAGAGGCACGAAACCAAUAAAAAAAUGAGUAUUAAGUUAAAAUACUGUUUUAAUUUUCAAGUGUAAUGGAAAAUUUCCUACUGAAUCGUAUAUUUGAUGCAAUUUUAAACCUCGAGCUCGAUAAAAAGACUUUUAAACGAACAAAGCAAUAUAAGAUAAUGCGUACCUCUAAUAAACCAUAUUGAUGAUGUGUUUCUCAUUAUUUCGCCCGCUAGAAGACAAAUCCGAAUAAGUUUUAAUCAAACCCCUCGUUACCAUUUUCCUAGAUUAGAAUUUAAAAUUUAAUGCGGAAAAGUAACUAUUUCCACAAAUUGGACACUGAAAGCUAUUAGAACAUCAAAAUCAAGUGAAUUGUACAUAUCAAGGGGCGAGUGAAAAAAUAGUUACUUUUGCCGAGAGCGUUACCUACAGAACUGUGAUUUUUAAUUUGUUUCUAAAACAAGAAAUCGUGUUUAUAUAAACUAUAAAUAUUAAUGAGCAGGAUGUAAGAAAUAUUUUUGCACGUAAUUCGUUACCUAAUCCUGAUACCGAAGGUGAUAUUUUUGAACCAGAAGCAAUAUUAUGUAAUCUUUAGUUAUUGAAAAGAAUUAGAAAACUAGUAUCCAAACAAAUUGGGUCAACAGGUUCCCUUGUGUGAUUAGGUACUAUUAAAUAAAUUAAAAUUCGUUGCAAAAACCCGCAAAGAUUUACGACUGCAGAAUGGAACAUGUUGGACCCGCGUAUAGACACCCCUCUGUUCAUAUUAGUUACGUAUUAAGCAAUAAACUAAGGUAGUUAUCUAAGUGUAAAUAAAUACUUUAAAAUAUAGUGCGUAAUUGUAAUGUAUGCGUAAUGCUACCCUUCUUUACUAGGCAGUCGUUUCAAAAUAGCAAUUUAAUUGAACAUUUCAGGCGACGGCAGUAAUUUUCAGUGUGUUUUUUCUACGUUGUUGUAAACGCUCUUUAAUGGCAUUUACAUCGGUUUUAAUCGUCUAAAUAAUCGAUUGCAUAUCACUGUCUUAAAAUUCAAUCAGUGUGGCAAAAUCGACAGUUUUUAGAAACGUUUUGUUAUGUGAAAUUCCGAAUGAAAUGAAAAUUACUGAAAGCUACAAAAUCGAAGAAACCGGUCACGAUGUGCGAAUUGCAAUCAUAAAUAAAUGUAUAUUAUGUAAAGUUUUAAUCUUAGACUAAUAACUAGGUAAAUCGGUUAAAGUUAAGGAUCAUAUUGUAAAAAUAAGGCUAGUCUAGUUGUAACGAGACAAAUUUGUGAAUUACUUCAAAUAUGUAUGUAGAAAAAGGCAGGGAACUGUAAAUACAAAAUAUUCCAUGUAUUUCUCGAGAACAAUGGCAACGAAAAUGAAUACCUCUCAGUGGAUAUACGCAUAUUUUUGUAAGAUGAAUCAUAAAAAUCCUUAAUCAAUCACAACCGAUGUUAAUAUUCUCUACAUAACGUAGCCAAUUGAAUAUUGACCAAUUUAACAUUGCUGUAGGCCUAUUAUAUACAUAAUAAAUGAAUUGCUUGUGGUAAUUCACAAAAAUCAUGCGAUCUUUCUUAUGGUGCGUCCAGAUCUAACGAGCAGAGUCCGAGCCGCGGCAAAACUCCUUUGAUAUUUCGUCAAAACACCCACAGACGAACAAUUUCUGCCGGUGUUUUGUCGAAACAUCAAAGGAAUUUGUUGCCGAUCAGGCUCGGCUCGUUAGGUCUGGAUGCGGCACUAUAGAUACUGUAAUAUACUAAACAAUAGAAGUGAAUAAAUGGAAUAUUUUGUAAUAGAAUAAGAAAGGUGCCUUGAUUGUUUUGUUUGAAAAACACAAAAAUAUGAUAAAGUAAGUUUGAAAAUGCAAUUGUUGUAAUUAUCCUUGUAAAGUACUAAUAAUAAACACAGAAGCAAUA